AUGACAGGUUCAUCUGUUACCAACAAAAAGAAGCAUGAAUUUUCAACUGGAAGCCGGGUUUGUGUUUCUGAUGAAUUUGACAUCAUCAGGAUAACAAAGACAAUUCUCCUCUCAGUCACCUCGGAGACAUGUGAUAUGAACAAUUUGAAUUUGCUUCAAGUCAAAUUAAAGGAGAAGCUAUGGGGAAAGAAAUUCUUGCUUGUAUUGGAUGACGUUUGGAACGAUAACUACAACCAUUGGUUGGCGCUUCGAUCUCCUUUUGAUGCAGGGGAACCAGGAAGCAAAAUAAUUGUCACAACACGUAGUUCCAAAGUUUCAUCAAUUAUGACAAAUGCCGCAGACUACUCUUUGCAAUGCUUAUCAGAAGAAGAUUCUCUCAGAAUGCUUGCUCAUAACGCAUUAGAAAGAGAGGAUUUUACAGGGCAUCCAGACUUAAAAGAGAUCAGCUUGGAGAUCUUGAAGAAGUGUGGUGGUUUGCCUUUGGCAACAAAAACCAUUGGAGGACUAUUGCGCACAAAUGUGAAUUAUGAUGCAUGGAAAGUUAUAUUAGAGAGUGAUAUUUGGAAUCUGCCUCAACAUGGAAGUGACAUAAUUCCAGCUCUAUGGUUGAGUUACUAUUAUCUUCCUUCACAAUUAAAGCAAUGUUUUGCUUAUUGCUCUCUAGUCCCUAAAGAUUAUGAAUUUGGUGAGGAAGAAAUAGUUCAAUUAUGGAUGGCCGAAGGCUUCCCAAUGGAGCAGACACUAAAAGGCAAAUUGAAGAUUUGGGCCGCCAGUGUUUUGAAGAACUGGUAUCAAGAUCAUUCUUUCAAGCAUCUAGCCAGGAUGAAUCUCUGUUUGUAA